AAAGGAUAUUGUACAACGACACGUAAAUAUCAGGCAGAAUUUGAAGCAUUAUGCAAAUCCGUCUUUACGUGUGGUGUGCAGUAACCAAAUCAUCACACGUCCGCUUAGCGUGUCUUUCGUCCUCGGAAAGUCUGUAUUUGCGCUCACGUUAGUCACGUUUGCUUGUCGGGCUAUUUCGCGAGCGAUAUUAAGCAGUGAGCAGCUGGUAGUCGUCAACCCUCGUCACUCGCAGUAUGUCCAUUGUCGAUAAAAUUUCUUACUACCAACGCAACUUAGAGAACUGCGGUGACAACGAGGAUCGGAUAUUACAUUACAUUUCAAAGCUAUAUAAGCUACCAGUGACAGUGCAACAUCUUCAGCAGACAGGAGUAGGAAGGACUGUGAAUGGCUUGAGAAAAUAUGACGGUACUGUGGGUGAUGCCGCUAAGUCUUUGGUUUACAAGUGGAAGAAUAUGGUGGCAGAUGAUAAAGAUGAUUCCAGUGAUAGAGAAGAUGACGAUGAAGCUUGUGUAAUGGACGAUCAUGAAAAUACUGAUAACCAGGAUUCUCCAUUGUCUCCAAAACCAGAAGAUAUAGAAGAAAGUGAUUCUUCGUCCGAUCAAUUGUCAGAAUCAAAAUAUACGCAUAGACAUAAGGAAAACAUGAGCAAACUAUCUACGGAACAUAGUGUAGUGCAUGUGUCCACGUCUAAGUCAGAGGAAAAGCAAGAAAUGCGUGAAAAAAGUAGACAUUCAUCCAAAUAUCAUUCACAUAGCGAAAAAAAGUCCUACGAAUCAAAAAGCAGUAAAAGUAGCCUGACUAAAGAAGCUCACAGCUCGACAAAGCACAGUCAUAGCAAGAGUGACAAUUCGAAGAAGGCUAGUGAUAAAACUACCCAGAUUAAUGAGGACAAUAAUAAGAAGAGAAAAGCGAACGACUCCAGUUCCCUAACGAAGGAAAAUAAUAAGAAGAGGAAGGAAACAGAUAGUAAAAAAGAUGAUGAGAAAUCUCAGCUGACAUCUGUUUCGGAACAUAAUCGUUCCCACUUGAAAUCUUCUGGAAUUCAGAUAGAGGUGAAGAUUAAAGUAGAAGAUGAACAUUUUUUAACAACUGAUAACAAACAAGAUGUUAAACAGGAGAAGUAUUUGCAGGGGAAAUCCAGGAGCAGUUCCAGUAAGCUUAAGUCCCAAGAAUCAGGUAGUAAAGCAAAGGACAGCAGUGAAAAACAAAAGCAUAAGAAAGAAGAGCAUACUAGUCAUAAAAAACAUGAGACGAAAAAAGAUUCCAGUCAUCGUUCUAGCAAGGAGACUUCCAAAUCGAAAGUCAGUUCCUCUAGUAGUAAAGAUUAUAUUAAGAACAAAGACAAGAAUACGGGAAAGGAACUCAAGGAGGACAAGAGUAAACACGAGAAGAAAAAAGCGACAAAAAUAAAGUUAAUAAAUGGUGAUGAAGGAAUAGAUUGCAAUUCUGGUGCAAGCUUUGCAGAGGCGCUUGGUAUGUGCUCCAUACCUAAGUCGAAAAAGCGUCAGAGUAAUUCGUCCAACACACAUUCUAGUAAACCAAUUAAAACAGAACCGAUGUCGCCACCCGUUAAUAAUAGAAAAAUACCAACUGUAAAACCUGAGCCAGAAUGUAGCGACAAUUCAAAUCCACUAUCCCUUUUAGCACCAAACGUAAAAUUGGAACCGUUGAAUGUAGAUUUGGCAUCUACGUUACCUGAAAUUAGUCCCAAUUAUAAGCCACUGCCAUAUAUUAAUCCUAUGCAACGUAGAGAAGAAGUAAAGCCUGUUGAUGAUAUCAUUUAUGUCAAGAAUCAAAGGACAAAAGUGUAUUCUGGUAACAAGGUUGGUUACACAAGUGUGCCGACAUUGUAUGAAAUGUGUAUCAGAGUGCUGAUAGAAAAUAUCGAUGCACUCGAGUUUACUGGCGGCGUACCAUAUGAUAUAUUAAAACCGAUCCUAGAACGUGCCACGCCUGAUCAAUUAUUUAUGUUAGAGCAUCACAACCCAUAUCUCAUAGAAGACACAGAUAUAUUAUGGCAAUAUCAUUGUAAUCGAGAGUUCAGGAAUAAUGAGAGACAGGAAAUGGAGUCGUGGCGAGAGAUGUACAUGCGUUGCUUGGAUGAAAGAGAAGCGAAAUUGAAAACGCUCACCGCCAAUAUCAAGCAAUCUAUAGACAAAUCCGUCCCAGUGAGAUCCACUAAACUUGCUUAUGUGGAUAAUGUAGUGAAACCACCGCGCAAUGUAUUGAAGAAACAGGCGAAGUAUGGCACAGCAAAUGCCACUCCUGCUACUGUCUCCAGCGUAAAGAAAAAGCUAGUUGGCGGUGGUGCAACUAACAAUGCGACGAAUAUUGCUGUACCACCACCGCCGAUGUCCCGAUUUAAAGCAUCAACAUCAAGCACCAUGAAGAAGACAAAAGCACCACUUAUGGCAAAGGCGUUGCAGUUAAUAAAAGGUCGUUACAAACGGUAGUGGUAGUAGUAAUUUCACGAAUAUUACAAAUCGUUAAUCAUUCAGUUCCAAUAAAUUAUACAUUUGUUAUCAUCUCUUAUACUUUCUAUCUUCAUCUAAUUAUCUGAUUGCAAUCUUAACACCUUUCCUGCUGAGAAGGUAUGCGUCGCAUGCUAAACUUUCCAUUUAGGCCAUUUGAUAUUUUUGUUGCCACAUGUAACAUUAGAAAAUAUUUUAUAAAAUAAUGUAUUAAAUACUGUGUAUAAUACAGUUAUCAACUUGUAGAGAACAUUGUUAUCUUUUUUUUUAUAAUAAUAAUGAACUGUAGUCUUCGUUAUAAAUAUUAUACGAUAUAUUAUAAGUAAAACUAUUAAUCUUACCAAUAUGCAUUGGUAACUCACACGGUCUAAAUGGAAAGUUAUGGAUUGCUUUUUGAUUCGGCAGGGAACGUGUUAAUAUGGAUUUUAAGCAUAAUAACGGGCAUAAUAUUUUUGCAUAAUAUUUUUUUCUUUCAAUAUUAAUAUUCAAUAGAUCAUAAAGCGAUUAUUCGUUAUCUUAUAUUCACAGAUAAUUGUGAUAGAUAAUUCACAGAUAGAUAACAUAGUAAAAAUAAUUACAUGUAAUUAUGCCGUUGUACAGAUAAACUUUUCAUUUCAUUCAUUCCAAUUAAAUGUAAUAAAACAUAAAUAAGCCAUGAUAGAAUUUAUAUAUAAGAAAUUUUUUCAAUAGCUCAGCUAUAGAAGCUGACAAUAAAUUUUUCCUUUUGGAGGAAAAUGCAUUCUUAAAUCUAGCUAUAAAUAAAUAAAAUUUUAGAUUAUUUCUAUUUUUAGAUCAAAUUUGAGCUUGUAUAUUUUUAAUGUUUAGAUUUUUGAAUUGUAAGAGAAUUUACAGUUUCCUUCCUAAUCGUGAACUAUUUUUGGAAAAAUAAUUUUGCUUUAAUUUGCUUUAGCAAUUCAUUAUGAAUCCAAUUUCGAUGUGAGAGACACGAUGACGUGUUUCAUGUUUUAAAUGUUGCUGUGAUUUUUUCGAUUUUAUUAAGUAAAUUUUUAUUGCAAAUAUCCUGUAAGUAUUACAUUAUGGAAAGGUAUAAGUAACAGUUGGUUGAUUAAAUCUACACGAUCUACUGUCACUUAAAUCGUACAGUUGUAAUAUAAAAAAUUCUUAUUUCGCUCUGAUGCUAUGAUAUUAUAAAUUUAAUAAAAGUACAAACGUGUACAGAAUAUCUCAUUGAUUUUACAUGAGGUUUUAUUUUUCAUUAAGUACAAAAUAUGUUAAAAAUGAUUCUCUCAUAGUAAUAUUAAUACGCGCGUAUGCGCAACGUCAUCUUUUUAGCAAGUUAUAACAUUUUUUUAAUUAAUAUUGAAGCAAAAAAAUGUUUUAUCUAAUUCUAAGUCAUUAAAUAUGAGAUAUCCUGUAGUUUUAUUAUGACGUAUGUAUAUAGAUUAUUUUAAAGUUUGACUUAUAUAUUUUUAACCAUGUUCC